CUUUUCCACCCGCCAUUGUGGUGAUAGGGUUGCAUUGCUUUUACAAUGUCGUCCCACAAGACUUUCAAGAUCAAGCGGUUCCUUGCUAAGAAGCAGAAACAGAACAGACCUAUCCCACAGUGGAUCCGCAUGAAAACCGGAAACAAAAUCAGAUAUAACUCCAAGAGGAGACACUGGAGAAGGACCAAGCUCGGCUUGUAAAUAUGGUUGUUUGGUUGCAGAAACAUCCAGUGGGUUCUUUGUGAAGACAUCAAACAUCUUGUGAUAAAAAUUGUCAUCUUUUUGUAGCAAUAUAUGCUGUUUUCAUUGGAAAAUAAAUGAAUAUGUAAAAUAAUAAAAAAAAAAAA